AGAGUAGACCGAACGUCUUCAUCCUCUGAAAUCGGCAAGCAGGCAGCUGUUGAGAUGCCGCGACGCUUGAGAGCGGGAAGCGAAAUGGUUUAAACGAUCUUUGGAUGAUGUCACACUUCACCCCCGUAUAGGCGGUUUGAGUGGCUAGUGCUUUACAACGUGCGGGGCCUGGCCUGUGACGUCAGCUGCCUAUGGUCAGUAAGGAAGAUUUGAUACGAGGCUUGCCGAUCUGGUUUUGUUUUUAACAUACCUAUAUCCUGCAUCAUUUUACGCCUCAUACGACGGUAUCACGGGAGGAUAACAGUCCAGUCAUGUGCUGGGACAGUGCGGGUUGGGAACAAUCAUGUCUUGGAACGAUAAUAUUGUAAACAGGAGAACGUAAUUGGAGUCGAUAGGAGCCUGCAGAAUUGGUUCUAGAUUGUUAUGUGUUGAAAACGGGUUGUUUGAAUAGUUCUAGGACGGUGAAAGGUUGAGGCAUUGUAGUCUUGUGACGUGGAAGUGUUGGGACUGUGUGGUUUGGGACGGGAGAGCCCUGAGACAGCAUGACAAAGGUAGCAUGGUUUGUCAUGGCCAUCAAAGAAGGGGCGCUGCUGGGCACAUGAUUUGGUAAGGUGGUCAUUAUUGCGCAGAUGAAAUGGAUACUGAUCCGCGCGCCAUGGCGUCUGUGGAUUGGUAAGGCUGCAACCUGAAAGACCGGGGGCAGCAGCGAUUGUAGAUGGAAAUCCUUGCUACGGGGCUCAUGAUCAAAUUGCAGCCGAUUAGAGGUUUGGGAACCGAGGUGAUCCAUCCGACAGUCGACUCGGCCGCUGUCACCGUUGUCUACAUCUCUGACACGCACAAUACCAAGCUGGACCUACUCCCACCAGGCGACAUUCUCGUGCACGCCAGCGACCUGUCACAGUUUGGCACCUUUGACGAGCUUCAAGCCCAGCUGUCCUGGCUCGCCGCACUGUCGUACAAGUACAAAAUCAUCAUCGCUAGCAACCAUGAUCUCCUCCUCGAUGGCGUUUUUGUCGCUGCCCGCCCGAACCGCGAGCUCGAGCGUCACGUCGGCAAGCGCCGUGGCGAUUUGAUAUGGGAAGACGUGCGGUACCUCGAGCACGAGGCACUGGAGCUCGAGGUCAAGGGAAGAUCUGUACGAGUGUUCGGCAGUCCUUGGACGCCGCGCUGUGGCAGCUGGGCCUUUCAGUAUGGACCUGACGCGACGUCACCGAUGCGCUGGGGUGCGAUCAGCUUCUCGCUGUGCCAGGCCUAA